AUGCCAUUAUCUUUGGCAGCCUUUUGGCGGAUCAGUGAAAGUCUGUUCAUCCUGUUCCUCGAGAAAUUAAACUAUGGCUUUCUGGUGCUCACGGCGCCAUUGAUGAAACCAUUCGUGCCAGCCUAUGUGGAUGAGAACGGACUGGCCUAUACCGACCACGCGUCCAAGUCACGAAUCAAUCAUAAAACCACACUACACCCCGACCGAGCGAACGCGAAAUCUCCGGGGUCGCGGACGGUUUGUUCUCCAGCAAAAGAUCGCAUCAUGAAAAGCAUUAAAAUAUCGGUGGAUCGCGAGGAUGUGGAGCUUUUGAAGAGACGAUGA